UGUCAGUCAAGACAAAGUUCCCUCAGCAGCAGGAACAAGAGAAACAAGACUUAAUCCCUGUUUCUGCAAUGCUGCAUUUGAGUAAGGGUGAUUUUGUAUGGACGGACUCUGGUGCUGGGGUGCCGAUCGGGGCGGAGGUGAAGGUGACUGACACUGGACAGCUCCAGCUGGUCGAUGAUGAAGGAAAGACGCACAAAAUCAACAAGAAGACGGAGGGCACCAUCCGGCCCAUGCACCCCACCUCUGUGAAGGGUGUGGACGACAUGAUAAGGCUGGGAGAUCUGAACGAGGCCGGGCUCCUCAGGAACCUCCUGGUGCGACACAAAGAAGGCAUCAUCUAUACGUACACAGGCUCCAUUCUGGUGGCCGUCAACCCUUACCAGCUGCUGCCCAUCUACACCACCGAGCAAGUGCACAUGUAUACAGAUCGGCGGCUGGGUGAACUGCCGCCGCACGUCUUUGCCAUCGCAGACAGCUGCUUCUUCAACAUGCGCCGCAACAAGAAGAACCAGUGCUGUAUCAUCAGUGGAGAGUCAGGAGCAGGGAAGACUGAGAGCACCAAACUGGUGCUGCAGUUCCUGGCUGCAGUGAGUGGGCAGCACUCCUGGAUCGAGCAGCAGAUUCUUGAAGCGAACCCCAUCUUGGAAGCCUUUGGGAACGCUAAAACGGUCCGUAACGAUAACUCCAGUCGAUUUGGGAAGUACAUUGACGUCAACUUCACCAAAGGGGGCGCCAUAGAGGGGGCUCGGGUUGAGCAGUACCUGCUGGAGAAGUCCAGAGUGUGUCGCCAGGCCCCCGAGGAGAGAAACUACCACAUCUUUUAUUACAUGCUGAUGGGAAUGUCGGCCGACCAGAAAAAGAUUCUUUCUCUUGGAAACGCUGCAGAGUACACCUAUCUUACCAUGGGUAACUGCACCAGCUGUGAAGGGCGCGAUGAUGUGAAGGAAUACGCUCACUUUCGCUCAGCUCUCAAGAUCCUCAUGUUCACAGAGAACGACUCCUGGGAAAUCUGCAAACUGCUUGCUGCUAUACUCCACCUGGGCAAUGUGACAUUUGAGAGCACCAUAGUGAACAACCUGGAGGGCUCUGACAUCUGCAAAUCGUCUAAUUUCGACAUGGCCUGCCAGCUUAUGGAGGUGGCUCCUAAAGAGCUGGGGAAGAGUCUGACUGAGCGCUCACUCAUGACGACUCGAGAGAGUGUGACCAAACCUCUGACCUGUGAGCAGGCUCAGGACGGCAGGGACGCCUUUGUCAAAGCCAUUUAUGGAAGACUUUUCAUCUGGGUUGUGGAUAAAAUAAACGCCGCCAUUUACAAACCAUCUGAGGACACCGACGUGGUCCGACAGUCAAUCGGCCUGCUCGACAUCUUCGGCUUUGAGAACUUCAACAAAAACAGCUUUGAGCAGCUGUGCAUCAACUUUGCCAACGAGCAGUUGCAGCAGUUCUUCGUGAAACACGUUUUCAAGCUGGAGCAGGACGAGUACACCCGGGAAAACAUUGUUUGGAAGCACAUUGACUACAAAGACAACCAAAGCACCCUGGACGUGUUGGCCAGCAAACCCAUGAACAUGCUGGCGCUGAUUGACGAAGAGAGCAACUUCCCGAAGGGCACGGAUACCACCAUGCUACAAAAGAUGAAUCAGCAUCAUGGGAAGGGGGGCAUCUAUAUUCCCCCCAAGAACAACUACGAGACGCAGUUUGGAGUCCAGCACUUUGCUGGAGUUGUCUACUAUGAUUCAACAGGUUUCCUUGAGAAGAACCGUGAUGCCCUCAGCACAGAUCUGAUUCAGAUGGUGCAGACCUCCGCCAAUAAACUCCUCAAACAGGUGUUUCAAAAAGAGCUGUCAUCCAGUACGACCAAGAACAGCGUCAACCCCAGGAUGGUCAUCACCGCGGCGAGCAACAGCCUUCGACAAGCGUCGGAUGGCAAGAAGCGUGUGCCGACUCUGAUCGGACAGUUUCGUUUGUCUCUGGAUUCCCUGAUGAAGACACUGACUGUGUGCCAGCCUUAUUUCAUACGCUGCAUCAAACCCAACGACUUCAAGAAGCCCAUGCUGUUCGACAGAGAGCUGUGCAUCCGUCAGCUGCGGUACUCUGGCAUGAUGGAGACCAUCAGGAUCAGGAAAGCUGGAUAUCCCGUACGCUACACCUUCCAGGAGUUUUUAGAUCGCUACCGCGUCCUUCUGAAAACCUCCCUCUGUGAUCCUAAAACAGAAAGCCAAGAGAAAUGCUGUGAAAGCAUUUGUGAAACUGUGCUGGAUGGAGAGGGAGACUGGAAGACGGGAAAGACCAAGAUUUUCCUCAAGGACUCCCACGACACCAUGCUUGAAGUGGAGCGAAUGAAAGAAUUAAAUACGAAAGCACUUCUGAUCCAGAAAGUCCUGAGAGGCUACAAAUACAGGAGACAAUACCUGCGGCAGAAGGCCGGUGCUCUCGUCAUUCAGAAAUACUGGAGAGGACACAAAGGCAGGAAGCUGUACAGAGUGGUCCAGCUGGGCUUUGCGAGACUGCAGGCUCAGGUUCGCUCUCGUCAGCUUCACUACCAGUAUAAGAGGAAGCGUGAGGCAGCCAUGGUGCUGCAGACUCAAAUCAGAGGACACCUCGCCAGGAAGGAGUGGAAGCGCAAGAGAGACGCUGUGAUCCUGCUGCAGGCUUACACCAGGGGUGGGCUGGCAAGAAAGGCUCUCAAGAAGAUGAAGCGAGACUGUUACCUCUCCGCUAAAGACAAAGAAGCAGAAGAGAGGGCCUUGAUGGAGAAACAGAAAAACUUGGAGGAAGUGCUGAGGCAGAAGAAAGAGAAAGAGACCACAGCUCAGACUGAGAGCAUCACAGACCAGGAGAUGGUGGAGCGCAUGUUUGAAUUCCUGCCCAGGAUAGUCGGAGGGCAGGAGGGGCAAGCACCCGUGGGAUACGAGAAAUUUGAGGGGAUGAUCACAGAGGAGAUAGACAUCGACGAUUUCCCAAUCGAGGAAAAUCUUCCCAAAGAAGACUACGAUGAUCUGGAUGAAUACUCCUUCUCUAAAUUCGCCUCCAUGUACUUCCAGGGUGCGGCCACCCCCACCCACAUCCGUCAGAGACUCAGGCAGCCUCUGCUUUACCACGAAGAUGAAGGAGAUGUUCUGGCUUCUCUGACAGUGUGGUGGAUCAUCCUGAGGUUCAUGGGAGACCUCCCUGAGCCUAAGAAGCAGGUUAAAGCCCCAGGAGCCCCAGCUCAGGAACGGUUUCUGCCGCAAGACCUGAUCUCCAGAAAAGACAGACGCCUCAGCCACAUGGUCGGCCUAGAUCAGAGGGUGCUAAGGAAUAAAAAAGAGAGAAAGCCCUCCACUGUACCCGAGGAGCCAGCACCGAUGAAGAGGGGCUCCAUUUUCACCGACCUUCUGACAAGAAGCAGGAAGCCAUCUGCCGUGCCAGGUGAGACAGCUCAAAACUCGAAGGUGUACACAGUGCCAGAGGGAAGCCCUCGAGCGAGGAAGGGAUCCACAUUUACCGACCUGCUGUCCAGGAACAGAAAAGCCUCCACUGUUCCAGAAAACACAAUCCCAAAAUCUGCUUCAGGCCUCAGAAAACCCUCGAUCAUCAUGGAAGAGUCUGAUGACCUGACUGAGGAGUCCAAGCCUCCCACCCUGCAGACCGUGCAGGAGGACAGUGACGCCAUGGUCGAUGAAGGACCGACUCUGGAGCGGCCGCUGACGUCUUUGGAAAAACUUCACAUCAUCGUGGGAUAUGCUAUUGUCCGACAUGACCUCAGGGAUGAGAUUUACUGUCAGAUCUGCAAACAGCUUCAGGAGAACAACAACCGAAACAGCUACUUCCGUGGCUGGAUCCUGCUGUCUCUGUGUCUGGGCAUUUUCCCUCCAAGUGAGCGCUUUACAAGAUACCUGCAAAGCUUCAUCCGUUUCGCUCCUGGAGAUUAUGCAUCCUACUGUGCAGAGAGGCUGAGACGCACCACGAUGAACGGAAUGAGAGGAGAGCCUCCGUCCUGGCUGGAGCUGCAGGCAACCAAGACAAAGAAGCCGAUGAUCGUGACGGUGAAGCUGAUGGACAAUCGCUCCGUGAACCUGCCCGUUGACUCGGCUUCUACCUCCAGAGAGAUCUGCCAAGCUCUCUCGAACAAGAUCAAACUCAAGGACACCUUUGGCUUUUCUCUCUAUGUGGCCUUGUAUGAAAAGGUGUGGGCUCUGGGCAGCGGCCGGGAGCACGUGAUGGACGCCAUCUCUCAGUGCGAGCAGGAGGUGAAGAGGAGAGGAGGGCAGGAGCAGCACGCUCCCUGGCGUCUCUUCUUCCGUAAGGAGAUCUUCACUCCAUGGCAUGACUGCAAAGAAGACAAAUUCAGCACAGACCUCAUCUACCAACAAAUCAUUCACGGCCUGAAGUUUGGGGAGUACCAGAGUGAAAAGGAGGAUGACCUUGCCCAGCUGGCUGCCAAACAUUUAUAUGUCCAGCACGGCUCAGACAGCAGUCCAGAACAUGUGAAGGAAACGGUUCAGGACUGCAUCAACAACUCUCUGCUGGAGGCAAAGUCAGAGGCCAAGUGGGUGCAGAUGGUCAGCACCGCUCAUGCUCAGGGUUCAUAUUUGAGCUCAAGUCAAAAGACCGAUUCAGUGAAGGCGGAGACGGUGGACUACGCCCGAGAGAAGUGGCCCAUGUUCUUCUCAAGGUUCUUUGAAGUUGUCAAACUGUCAGGGCCUGCACUGCCAAAGAACAAAUUCAUUGUGGCCAUAAACUGGACGGGCAUCACUUUCCUGGAUGAGAGAGAGAAGAGGCUGCUGGAGCUCUCCUUCCCCGAGGUCACCGGAGUCAACACCAUCAGGGAGGGUAAAGCAUCUGGACAGGCGGUGAAUCUGCUGACCCUGAAAGGAGACUUCACUCUGAGUGGGACUGCAGCCGGAGACAUGGCGGAGCUGAUAACGAUGUUCCUCAGCGGACUGAUGGAGAGAUCUCAGUACGCUGUGACUUUGAAGGAAGCCUCACAAGAUGACCCUGCAUUGCUCAGCUUCAAGAAAGGAGUGCUCAUUAUAAUUAUCAAAGACGAUGAGUUUCCUUUGCAGCGCGGCUGGAUUAAGGGCCAAAAUGACAGCACAAAAAAAACAGGAGCCGUCCCCGCUGAUGAUAUCUUAAUCCUCCCCACACUCAGCAAACCCACAAACGAGGUCAUGAGCCUCCUCAACUUAUCCCCUAACCAGAGGAAGAACAUCAUACAGGCAAACCAGAAGGAAACAGGAACCAUGGAGAGAUUGGCUCCGUUCACGCUGAAGGAAUUCUCCCUUGAAUACUUCAGGCAGCUCACAAAGGACGUGAACCGUCAGGUGAUUUCCAGAAACGCUGCUCCUGAGAAGCUGUGGGCGAACUCCAGAGAGCCAAUCAGACAGCCCCUCCUCAAGAAACUGGUGGGAAACCCCGAGCUCAGCCACAAAGCCUGUCUGGCCUUCACUGCGAUCCUGAAAUAUAUGGGAGAUUAUCCCACCAAGCAGAUGCAGAGUCCACUGGAGCUCACAGACCAGAUCUUUGGCCCUGCCACCAAACACGAGGUGCUUAGGGAUGAGAUCUACUGCCAGAUCAUGAAGCAGAUGACCAUCAACAACAACAGGUUCAGCAUAGAGCAGGGCUGGCAGCUGAUGUGGCUCUGCUGCGGCCUGUUUCCUCCCACCCAGUCUCUUCUGAAACACACUCAGCGAUUUCUGGAGUCCCGUCGCAGAGAGCCCCUCGCCUCCGACUGUCUGCAGCGCCUGCAGAGCUCACUGAGGCUGGAGCCCAGGAAGCUGCCACCUCAUCAGGUCGAGGUCGAUGCCAUCCAACAGAACAGCACGCAGAUCUUCCACAAAAUCCACUUUCCUAACGACACAGAAGAGAUAUUUGAGGUGGCGACAAGCACCAGGAUUAGGGAUCUCAUCCAGAACAUCAGCAAACAGCUCAAGCUGGCCUCAGCAGACGGAUUCAGCAUUUUUGUCAAAACACAUGACAAGGUUCUCAGUUUGAACGACACAGACUACUUCUUCGAUAGUCUGAGGCAGAUCACAGACUGGUCUAAGAAAGCCAAGAGGAUCAAAGACGGUGGACCUGUGAACGUACCGUACCUUGUGUUCUUCAUGAGGAAGUUGUGGUUCAAUGUGGUCCCCGGCAGAGACAGUGAGGCCGAUCUUAUCUUCCAUUUCCCUCAGGAGGUGCCAAAGUACCUGAGAGGAUAUCACGUUUGCACCAAAGAGGAAAUGGUCAACAUUGCUGCUCUGCUCUUCAGAAUUAAAGUAAACAAUGACAAAACCCAGUUUGUCCAGAUUCCCAAGCUGCUGAAAGAGCUGGUGCCUCUAGACCAGCUGAAGGCCAUGUCUGAGAACGAGUGGAAGAAGACUAUUGUUGCCUCUUUUAACAAACAAGCUGGUAUGACUGUUGAAGAAGCUAUGGUGGCCUUCCUGAAGGCGGUGUUCCGCUGGCCGACGUUUGGCUGCGCGUUCUUUGAAGUGAAGCAAACUUCAGAACAAAAUUUCCCAGAUAUUGUGAGAAUAGCCAUCAGCAAGCAAGGACUCACCAUCAUCCACCCUAAAACCAAGGAUGUUCUGGCAAAUCACCCGUUCAACCGCAUUGCUAACUGGUGCAGUGGAAGCACCUACUUCCACAUGACCAUCGGCAGUUUAGUGAAGGGGAGCAAAUUCCUGUGUGAAACCUCGCUGGGUUACAAGAUGGACGAUCUUAUAACCUCCUAUGUCAACAUGUAUCUCAGAGAGAGGAAGGCAGUACAAACCAGGAACCAGCGCUUCAACUGAACUGAGCUGCAGGGACACAAGUGUGUGACGACACAAACUUCUGUCUGUUUCUGCAGAUUAACACAGACACACUCAACUUUUAGUUCAUACUAAAAGAGGCAGAGCAGCAACAUUUUGGUUUUUGUAUUACAAUCAACUCAAUGAUAAUUUGUCAGCUCCUUAAAGAAGUUGUAGAUUUCUACAUUGUAUUGUAUUUUUCUUUGGCAUUUAUGCAAUAACAUAUCCAAAGUGAACAACACAUAUUCUAGACACACAGUUUCUCCAAUCCUUAAUUCAGGGAAAGAAUCUAGUGUUGAAUGAGGUUUAUAAUACUCAAAUAAAACAUUCAUUUUCAUAUAUUAAAGGAGAAAUAUGUAACUCUGACACCUAGCGUUUAAAAUGUGUACUGCAUUUUACAUUGGAGAGAGCUGUCUCCCCCCGCCCCCUCCUUCCGAGAGCUGAUGCGCAUGUGGGUUGCCAUGACGUGGACACGGAAGCUUCAGUGUUUAGCCAGCUCUGCAUUGGUCUUGGAACCUUUCUGCGUUCUAACCUCUCUCUAUUUUCAUCUCCAAUAUUGAUCCUAGUUUGAGCACGUUUCUAAAAUGCAGAGGCUUUUUCAAUCAGGUAAAAUCAGUUAUAUCUGAACCAGUUCGCUUGCCUGCUUCCAUUGCUGCAACACCUGUUUUUUGCAAAUGGCAAAUCCAGGGGCGUCCAAAACGGCCGUGUAAAACUGCCUCCUUCUCUGGUGAAAACAAAAACAGACCAUUCAGGACAGGAAUCUAAACUUAGAAGGGGGACUUACUCGCUGCAGCAUUGUUGUCUGAUUAUACAGUUAGGUCACUUUAUCAUUGAAUUCAGCAGAUAUCUUACAUAGUGCUCCUUUAAUUAGAAACGUGUGAUGAAUUAAGGAAUCUUUAAAAACAUCUUAAUGUAAAAACAAAAAUAAAAUUGUCAGUCUGUGUACAGAAUAGCUUUAUUCUCACACUGAGCUGAGUUCUGAGUUUGUUUGUUUUUACAUCCCUGAUACAAAAAUAGGUGUUGUUUUAAAGAAAUAAACCAGCCUCUCUGGCUUUUUAAUGCUUUAUAAUCAAAUACAUUUUAUUCUGCUUAAGUGUGCCAUCCACAUCCAGUGAACAAAAUGAAAUUAAUUCAGUAAAUUCACAUGACAGGAAGUGUUUUACAUAUUUAUUCAAGUUCUUUAGUCAAUGUUUGGUGACAAAAAUAAUCAUUAUUGAAAUCCAUCAUGUACUCACAAAUCAGUCCAAUUUGUAAACCUUCAUUUUAUUUGUUUAUCAUGAAAGAUUUAUGAGACUCAAACCUUCAAUAUUGAUCUGCAUGCCUUCAAUAAUAAUAAAGGUUCCCUUUGAAGAUUUCCUACACAUUUAUAUCCAUCACUCAGAUCCAACACUUAUUGUGUUUCAUGCACUUUCUUCUUUUAAAAAACCACUGAAGCCAAUUGUGAAAAUAAAGGUAUUCUUUAAUAUGAA